CCUGCCUGGAUGCCGGGCGGCCGCGCGCCCGCCUCCGCGCGGAAGCCGCGCUGCCCGCGGAUUGGUCACUUGCCCUGUCCGUCCGCUCGUGUCGCCUCCCCCGCCGGGAGGGCCCGGUGAGGCGCGCGCGGCCGGGGGCUCCCACGCCGGGCACGGUCCGUGAGGCGAGGGCGGGCGGCGGGGAGGCGGCACUGGCGGUCACCCGGGGGCGGCGGCGGCCGGGAAUAGCGCGGGGCAGCCGCAGCCGCCGAGCAGCGCGUCCUCCUGCACUUGGAGCGGCAGCGGGAGCAGCUGAACGCAGGGUCCGCGUCUCGCAAGACAAUAUUAUUGUUGAAGAUUAGUCAGAUGCCUUCCGUCCAUUCUCUGCCUCACAUGCUAUGUCAUGCAAGCUUUGAAACACUUAGCACAUAAUUUAAAUGAAUGACUAAUUUGGCAAGCAUAAUGGAAGGCACGCAUACUGUCCUUCAAUUGCACAAACCCAUAAUGGAGCUUUGUUACAUCAGCUUCUAUCAUCCAGAGGGAAAAGUCAGAGGAUUUACAUACAAGGGCUGUGUAACUCUGGAUAGAACCAGUAAACGUUUCUGUAGCUGCUACCAAGUAAGGGAGAGAAUGGAGAUGGAGCUGAGAGAACAGCCAUAUGAAAACUUUGGAGAUAUUAUUUUCAAGCAAACUACCACAAAAGACAUUCUCAUUGAACUGUACAAACUAACUGCUGAAAAGGAAAAACUGUUAUCCAGUUUUCUGAGGUCACAUCAUAUUCUGGGCCUUAACACAGGACAUCAGGAAGGAAAGCGACAGGAUGUUUCUGGAGUCUUGAAAAUUAAAGGUGAUGGUUACUCCAGUUUUACACAUCAGCAGGAGUUCUUUCAGGAUUCCCCGAAGAGAGACAAUUUGAAUCAUAAAAAAAUGAGGAAAUACAGAAGGAAAGAGAGCUUUGAGGAGUUUAGACACCGGAAAGGGGGAAAAAAGAUACAUGAACAUCUUUCUUUACUGAGUGUGCAAGAUAAGCAACUGGAAGAUAAGAUGCUGCUCCCCACAAGAUUUCCUACCAGGAGUUUUCCCAGCUCUUUUUCUGUCUCCAGUUGGCUAACAGUAAAAGACUGCCAAGCCCACAGCUGCAUCAUCGGAUUCUCCCAUUACCAACACAGAACACCGCGGACGAAUCUAUGUUCAGUGACUACGGCCGUGGAAGACAUGGUGCUAUAAACCUCUCUUUCAGUGAUUUGGACCCGCAGUUUUAUCUGAAGUUUUCCGAACCUGGAGAAAUGGGAUUUGCCACCAGACAACCAGGCCUACAUCAGAAUGCAACUG